GAGCAUAUUGCUGAAACCAGACCAACAAAUUGAUAUAUUUUCAAGUAUUCUAUUUUUCCCCUCCAAAAAAAAUGAAAACUAAAAAAAGUACAAAGUUAAGCUCAAAAUGUAACACAGUUAACAGUAAAAGUCGAAAGUCAGUAAGUGCAAAAAGUGGUUAAAGUUGUUAAGUAAAUCUAAUUUCGGUCGCGAAAAGUGCGAAAAAGUCCGCAAAAAUGCAAGUCUGCAUAAAUCCAAAUAAUUAACUCUCUCCUGUGUGUGCGUCUGUGUGUGCGUGUCCUUAACUGUGUGUGUGAGGGGGGGAGCGCGAGAAUAGAAAAAUUUUUCCAAUUGCUCACGCUCUCUCUCUUGCUCUCUGUUAUCUCUCUCGUUCGCGUCAAGAAAAUUAAUCAAAAGAAAAUAAAAUACGAAAAAAACAGUAGCACACACACACAAUAUAAUCAAUAAAUUAAAAAAGAUAAAUGCUAAUAAAAGAAAUGAAGAAACGCCAAGGAACGAGUUGCCCGCACCGGCGUAAGGCGAACCCAUGGUCCUCGACAUGGAAUCGGACGAUUCUCGUGCCAGUUCCCCGUCCAAUUCCUCGGAGUCGCGGUCGAAUUCGCCCACCAACGACAAGGAGGAUAUUGCUCUGGAUCAGGACCAGGCCGAGGAGUCCGGUGGUGGUCCCACUCUAGAUCGAUCGGCUCGAGCACCCUCCACCAGCAGCUCAUCGUCCAACUCCAGUUCCAGUUCGAGUCGCAGUGAGGUGUCCAAGAAGCAGAAGAAGAGCUCGAGCAGUAGCAGCGGCAGUGCCAGUGGCAGCAGCUCUUCCAGUGGCUCCUCCAGCGAGGAUGAGCCCGACCAGGAACCGGAUCAGGAGCAGGAACAGGAGCAGGUGCGAUUGCCUGAGCAGCAACAGCAGCAGCAGUCGCUUCAAAAUGAGCCUGAGCCUGAGCCCGUCCAAGCGGAAUCCGAAUCCGCGCCUGUAACGCCUGCAGAAGCGGAGCAACCCGGCUCGCCGAGCGCCAAGUCGCAGCCCAGCUCGUUCCUCUCUUCCGUUCGGAGUAGGAGCAACAGCCCCCAGCUGUACAAUCAGGCUGCCGUGGAUCUGAAUAUCAGCCACGAGGAUCUGAGCGAUGUUAGCGACAUCGAGGCGGAUGAGAAGCGAUCACCGUCCAAGAAUUCGCCGCAACGGGCGGACGAGGACGAGGAUGGCGCCAUCUCCAAUGACUCACUGCCCGCUGUGGACGAGGAGGACGAGGUGCAGCAAGAGCUGCCCAAACAGAACGGCAAGGCGGCCAGUGGGGAUGAGGAGAACGAGAAAAGUUCCAAAGAAACCAAAUCCGACGAAGCCGCCAAUGGACGAGCGCCAGCGUCUGCUUUGGAGGAGGACUUGGUGAAGACGCACGACGACGACGCCUUGGACUUCGAGGCGGAGGAGGGCGAGUGUGCGGAGCCGGUGAAGCAGCCACCGUCGGAGAACAAAGCCAACGAAAUAAACCAGGCGAAGAGCACGGCCAAGGUGCCGGAUGACGAUGACGACGAUGAUGGCGAAGUGGACUGCGAUGAGGAUGACGCUGAGGACAAGGACAAACGAAAGGAUAGCGCGGGCAAUGGCAGCUUGGAGGAGGGAGAGGAGACAAAGGACAAGGAGGGUUCGGCUUCGUCUUCGCCCAGCAAGCGGAAAAAGGAAGAGGAGGAGCUGGAAGAGGGCGAGGUUUCGGACGAGGACGAAAAGCGACCGGAGGAGACAGAACCGAAGCCGGUGUGUCGAUUCUACACUCGUGGACAGUGCACCUGGGGCAUGAGCUGUCGCUUCCUGCAUCCCGGAGUCACGGACAAGGGCAACUACACAAUGUUCGAGAGCCUUGUGCGUUCGGUGCCAAUGCAGGGCGGCUCAGCCGCAGCCGUAGCCGCCGGAGCGGGUCCAUCGAUAGCUGCUGCUCGGGCCGGAGCGGGUGCCUAUAGCGCGCACCCCUCGGCGGCGGCCGAGUAUCAUGACUAUCGGAAUGAGCGUCCAGCGCUGCACCACCGGCCGGCGCUCCUCCAUGCGCCCAGUAUUUACGGUGCCCACGCUCACGACUCUCGCCCCUUGCUCCCCGACGGAGCACCGGUGGUGGUGGAGAAUGCCUGGGAACGUGGCCUGCGCACUGCCAAGGAGAUGAUGCGUAAGGCCAACAAGCGCAAGGAGCAGGACAUGGACUUUGAGGACAAGAAGAUGAACUUAACCCUGUCGCCCGAUGAAAUGGAGAAGGAUUCGUACUACCUCAAGGAUCGCGGCGGCAGUAGCGCUCGUUCACCGCCCCCGCCUUCGGCCUCUGCGCGCGAGCAGCCACUCAAUCCGCUCAGCAUGCCGAUCUCCAUGCAUCCGCAUGCCGUUGGCCAUGCCAAUCCGCGUGCCCUCCUGCCCCUGCAGUACUCCGUGUACGGACCGCCGCCGGAUCGCUACGGCCGCGCUCAGUAUAUGCCACCGCAGUAUGAGGAUGUGGAUGCGUACGGUCGGAUGGCAAGAUAUCGCGAGCUCCCGCCCCAUCGGAUGCCGCACUACGAGGACGAUCGGCGAUCGAGGCCAACGCGCGAGGUGAUUGUCCAGCGAGUGGAGGCCGCCGGACGGGGUGAUGAGUGGAGUGAUCCCUGGAUGCGAUCCAAGUCGAUUGGACGGGGUUCCUACGAUCGAGAGGAUCGCCGGCGUAGGGACAGGCGAAGCUACAGCAGCAACUCGUCGUACUCCACCUCGAACAGCUCGCAGAGCGACUCCAGUUCGGACUCGUCGCGGUCGAGCAGUCCCUCCGACCACAAGCGGCGCUACGGUGGCGGUUCGCACAAGCUAGCCGGCACCUCCGCUUCCUCACGCCGUCAUGGUGGUCGGGCGGCCCGCUCGCCUAGCCAGAUACCGCGCCGGCCCAGGCACUCUUCCAAAGGAAGCCUCUCGCCUUCGUACAAGCGACCCGCUUUGGACAAGCGGGGCACUGGCCUUAGUCCUGCUACCAAGCGGAAGAAGAUGUCGUCGCCGGCACCCAAGCUAAGGCGACGGCGCAGUUCCAGUACAUCCGACUCAGACUCAUCGGACACCUCGUACUCCGAAUCGGAAUCGGGCUCCUCGUCGUCGGACAGCUCGUCCGGAUCAAGGGAUACACCCCAAAAGCGUGUGAGAGCCACUGACAAGGCGCUCAACGAGCGCAAGCUUAUUAAGAAGCCCGCUGAACAAGCAACCAAGAAGCGAUCGCCUAUUUCCAUUGAGAUUAAGAAAACGUCGAACAUGGUCGGAGUUUCGGCACUGGCCUCACCCAACAACUCAGUCGACUCCGACAAGGAGAAGGAGCACGGCAACGGCACCGGCAAGGACAAGGAGAAGGAUCACAGCAAGGACAAGGAGAAGGAUGUCAAGGAGAAGGACAAGGAUGGCGGCAAGGAUAAGGAUGGCAAGAAGUCGCGUCGAGAGGAGCUGCUGAAGCAAUUGCGCGCCGUCGAGGAUGCGAUUGCCAAAAAGCGCUCCAAGCUAAACUGAUCCGACUUGCUUCCGUCACUCCGCGCCUUUGUUCUCCUACUCGCUUUCGUUUUCCUUGCCUCCCAGCUCCACCCACAACCGAUCCCCACCCGCAGCCGGAUGAUCUUCGGUCGGCGUCAAUCAAUACUUAGAAGUUACGCAACAUUCGCAUCGUAUUCGAUAUUGCCUUGGCGUGUCUGCAGCCACUCGAUUGCAAUACAAUUCAAUGCAUUUAGGUUAAAGCAUCAUUAUGUCCUUUUUUUUCCUCCCCUGACUACCGCCAAUUAUGGAGCAUUAAAUACUAUGUUUAUAAUAGUUUAUAAAUAAAAGCCAACACUAAUAUUGA